AUGCAGUGCACAUCCCGCCUGCUCGGCGGGUACAUGAUGUACCAUCGCAAGUCGAUGAGUACGAUGCGCUACAGUAAGUGGAAGGGUGCACGCGGCGGCCUCAGCCAUUUCUACAAUCGCACCGCCAUGCUGGAGGAAGUGCCGGUGAAUAUGCCGGUCUCUAUAGUGGAUCGGCGCAUGAUGGCCUACGUGCACCGCUCUCGCCUGCGACACUUCCAGCUUUUCCGGUCGUAUCAGCAGAAGUCGAACUCGACAGAGUGCAAGUUACGCGAAGGUGAAUUCCUCCGCCGCCGCUGGCACCGGCAGCUGCAGAAAUCCUUCAUUGCCUUUAUGCAAUUCAAGACAAUGAAGGUACUGGAGGAGCAGGCGAAGUUGGUUUCGCAGUACGGGCAGGCGUCCGUGAACGCCGCCCUUGGCGACCCACAGGCCGCAGCAGGCGAUGUGCCGCACGAACGCAAGUACGCGGCACUCCAUCGCCGAGUGCAAACACUGCCCAGAAUUCAGCUCGUGCCCAAGCACGUGGCGACGAUGAAGCAGAUUCACAACGACCGCUUCAACUACCGCUGGCGUGUCAACUAA